AAAAAAUUCCCUGUUGCGCUGCAAAUAUAUAUCGCCAUAAUAUCGUUUAGCCAGAGCUCAUCCAACUACGCUUCCAACCGAGCAAAUAAUAAUUUCGCUUCCAGCCACAGAGAUAUCAUAACAUUUUCCGCUUGCAAUGUGCAGCUUCAGAGUUCGAGUCCAUAACUGCGGGCACUACCACAAGAACCUCAACCGACCCUGUGGAGAUGCAAAUCGCAAAAAGGAAGUGUGCGAGGCGGGGACCACCGAGCACGCCUCUACCAGCGGUUCGCCAAACUGUGGCAUCAGUGGCUGUGACAAAAAACCGAAUUUAAAGAGGGAAGGUCCAGGUCCUCGAACAGACGGCGGAUUUGACGAAGAUGAUAUUGAAUGGGCUGAUUAUUGA